CAACCUCUUGUUCUUUCUUCUCAGCACUCUUCGCGCAUACCUGCAGAGUCAAGUCAAACUUACCAGCUCACUCCACCUCUACUCCGCUCACUGGAUUUUCCUCCUGCUUAUCUUCCUCCCGAGACCAUUUACCAUGUCCGCCGAACAAGCUUCCAACAACGCAGCUCAGAUCGCUGGAGACAUUCCAACUGAGGAUGCUGGAUACAGGGUCUACGUCGGAAACCUCUCGUACAAGGCUACUGAGGAAGAGGUCCGAGAGUUCAUGAGCAAAGCCGGUGGUGAAAUUCUCUCGGUCGUCAUCCCGCUCAAGUUCAAGCGUCCCGCUGGAUACGCUUUCGUAUCGUUCAAGAACGAAGCCGACGCCAAGAAUGCCGUGGAGAAGCUAGACGGGCAGGAACUUGGCGAACGCAAGCUCGCUCUUCAAGUGGCUCGAUCGAGAGAAGAGCAAGCUGAGCGCCGUCAAGCUCAUGUAGAGAAGCGAGAGGCUGCUAAAGCUGCCCGGGAAUCCAAGAAGGCAGCUGCGGGUGAAGCCAACGGGGAGGCGGCCGAGGAGGGCAAACAGAAAAAGCCAAAGCGUGCCUCUCGACGUCGUCAACCUGGUGAGGCUGACGACGAUGAGCCCGAAGCAGAGGCGAACGGAGAUGGUGCGGAUGCCGCUGAGAAGCCCAAGAAGGCGCCAAAGGCCAGGAAACCCAAGGCUCCGGCGCAGGGAAGGAUCGACGACAAGGCGGGCGAGAACGGUGAGGUCGCGGAGAAGAAGCCCAGGGAGAGGAAGCCCAGACAACCCAAAUUGGAGUUGACUGGAGAGAUGAGCUCGAACACCAUCUUCGUCGCCAAUCUCCCCUUCAGCGUCGACGACGAAGCUCUCUCUGCCAUCUUUACGAACCUUUCUAUCCGUGUCAAAUCGGCCAAAGUUGUUCGCGGGAGUCGACGAGGCCGUGGAGGUCGUCCCUACUCUGCGUCGAGAGGAUUUGGUUUCGUUGAGGUGGAGGACCCCGCCCAACAGGCUGAAGCUGUGGAGAAGGCAGAAGGCAGCCUGGUCGGAGACCGAAAGAUCUCGGCCAAGAUUGCUCGGGAGAUGAAGCCUAUUGAGAUGGAGCAGGUCGCAGAGGCUCAAGAGGGGACUGCGUGGUGAGCCGGGUGGUCUGGAAUUCGCGGUCUCAGCUCACGUCGAGCACAGAUUGCCGCCCCAUCUUGGUUUAGCCUGCAGGUCAUCUUUGCAUCCCUCCGUCAUGAGAGGCCUGCAAGCAAACUGUCAGGCUCUAUAGUCCUUCCCGUCUGCAAUCUCUCAAAAGGCCCUUGGAUCCGGGACGCAAGGCGUCUACUAAUGAUUCAAUAAAACCUGUUGUAUAUAAACCGAAAACUAUGGACGAGAUCCUCCAUCAAUCUCUCGUCUUUUGCAUUCUCUUUUCCCCAGAAAGAGAGCAUGUCGCAUAUUAUAGCGGGUCUCUCUGUAAUCAUCAUGCAUCUUCAUGACGAUGUG